AAAAGCGGCGGCACUUCCGGGAGCGGCGCGGGGCGGAGGGGGGCCAUGAGCUGGAUCCCGUUCAAGAUCGGGCAGCCCAAGAAACAGAUUGUACCCAAGACAGUGGAGAGAGACUUUGAAAGGGAAUAUGGGAAGCUGCAGCAAUUGGAAGAUCAGACCAAAAAACUUCAGAAGGAUAUGAAGAAAAGCACAGAUGCAGAUUUGGCCAUGUCCAAGUCGGCAGUGAAGAUCUCCUCAGACCUGCUGUCCAACCCCCUGUGCGAGCAGGAGCCCUCGUUCCUCGAGAUGGUCACGGCCUUCGACACGGCCAUGAAGAGGAUGGACUCCUUCAACCAGGAGAAGGUGAAUCAGAUCCAAAAGACAGUCAUAGAGCCUUUGAAAAAGUUCAGCAGCGUCUUCCCGAGCCUGAACAUGGCCGUGAAGCGCCGGGAGCAGACGCUGCAGGACUACAAACGCCUGCAGUCCAAGGUGGAAAAAUACGAGGAAAAGGAAAGAACUGGCCCCGUGCUGGCCAAGCUUCACCAGGCCCGGGAGGAGCUGCGCCCGGUGAAGGAGGACUUUGAAGCCAAGAACAAGCAGCUCCUGGAGGAGAUGCCCAAAUUCUACAGCAGCCGCAUCGAUUACUUCAAACCCAGCUUUGAGUCGCUGGUCCGGGCACAGGUUGUCUACUACACGGAGAUGCACAAGAUUUUUGGGGACCUGACGGCGCAGAUCGACCGGCCCGGGCUGAGCGACGAGCAGCGCGAGCGGGAGAACGACGCCAAGCUCAGCGAGCUCCGCGCGCUCUCCAUCGUGGCCGACGACUGAGGCCAGGCCGGGCAGGGGGAGGGGAUGGGGAUCCCCCCCUUUCGCCCCAGCCCCCCUCCCAGGGAUGGUCUUGUGGGGCUGGAGCUGCUCCCGCCACCCCGGGGCUCCUGCCAGGGUCUGCAUCGUCUUCGUCAGUCCCUGAAUGAGUUUUGCCUUCAAUUUUGGGGUGUGGAGGAGCAGGAAAGGGAGCGAUCCUGCCUGGCUGAAGAUGGGGAGUGGGAUGUGGGGUGCUGGAUUUUCCCAGGUUCCAGCCUCUCUUAGCACCCCCAGAGCCCAGAGGGUGAGACCCCGACUCCUUCCCCUCAUUUUGUGCCUUAGUAGCCCAGUGGUCCCCUCAGGGGAGGGUGAAAUCUCAAAUCCCGUUUUUGAGGUACGGGGAGAGGGUGAUGCUUCUCAUGGCGAGCAUCCGUGCCCCUUUUCCCAGCAGUGGUACAGAGAGCCUGUACCCCAGAGCUGGGGAGUGCAGGGUGGGGACAGGGGGCGCCAGAGCAGGGACAGAUGGGGACAUCCCUAAGGGAGAAUCCCAGCCAGGAGCAAACCUAUGGAAAACUGGGGGCUUCAGCCCCUCCUCGGUGUGUGGGAAGGGCCGCGGGGACUCCGUGGCUUGUCCCCAAUAAAGUUUUUGGCAGCGCAGCGCGGCCGGGGCCGGGUCGCUGUCACCACCGGGGCCGGGUCCGGGUCGGUGUCGCUGUCGCCGCCGGGGCCGGGUCGGUGCCAGCGCCGGGGCCGGGUCGGUGUCGCUGUCACCGCCGGGGCCGGGUCGGUGUCGCUGUCACCGCCGGGGCCGGGUCGCUGUCGCCGUCACCGCCGGGCCGCUGUCGCCCUCUGCCGCCGCCCGGCCGCCACUGCAGGGGACGCGGGGGACUCGGGGUGUCCCUGGGAGGGAGAGCUGGGAUCGAGCAUCCAUUCCCCCCGUGGCGGCGCGGGAAGGAAAAGGCCCCAGAGCACGAGGAACGGAGUUUUCCAGUACAGCCGAGGACAUUCGGGCCUGAGCUGGAGCCGUGAAGGAUAAGGACAGGCUGCUGCGGUGCCCUGGGGACCUGGGUUUGGCAAACCUGCACGGGACAGGGCACGGAGCUCAGGGGUGUCCUGGGAAGGCCAGCAGAAAACGGGGAUGGAACCCCUGAAAACCAAACCUUCCCUUCCCAGCUGGAGCAAAGGGGAUGGAACAGAGCCGUGGGAAUGCUGGUGGCUGUCCCCAGUGCAGGGACACAGUGGAGUCCCCCCAAGAGCAUCCCGUGCCAAGGCUCCUCCCCAGCUCCCAGCAUGGAGAACUUCAUCCCUCCCUCUCCCCUCGGCUGUUCCUUCCCAACCACAUCACAUGCCAGGCCAGGUUUAAGCAAAAUAAACCCAGUUGCCACGGUUACCCAGA